AUGUCUUUUCUUGAUACUCUGCGCCAAAAGGCGGCCUCUGUCAGGCUGCUAGACAGAAUGGUGGACGUCAGUCAACCAGUAAGCCGAGAUCAAAAAAUCCGGAAUGAAUUUAAGCUACCUCCGGAGGAAUUUACUCUCGACGAUGCCAAUGCAGAUAUUUCUGUCAUGCACCCUUACGACAAGAUGAAGAAUAAACCUGCGGAAGGACAGAGCAGCCGUGCUGCACGGUAUGUUUAUUCUGGGCAUUUAUAUCUAACAGCACACUAUUUGCUUUUCAAGGACUCGUUUGAUAGUACGUCCUGUACCCUCACCAUUAACUUGAGCACUAUUCGUAAGGUGGAAAGAGGAGCAGCAAAUUCGUAUACCACAUCUCUGACUUUAACGCUAUACAGCGAAUCACAAGUUAUUAUUAAUUUCAUUGGCCUGAGACACCGAACCGAGCAAUUUUGCAGAAAAAUGAAAGAUGCCCUUCGCGAUAAUGUACCUAACACCAAAAACUUGAGUCCUUUCUUGGAAUCUUGCUACUCGGAAUAUUUGAUUGCCAAAAAUAUCUUGGGAAACUCUGACAUCCAUCCUCCUCCAACGGGGCUGGGCUACAAGUUCAGAUAUCCGGGAGACGCCUCUAAAGAAAAGCCCAAACUAAAACUGUGGUUUGACUACUUUCAGAAGCAGGGGAAGAACCUGACGAUAAUGAAAACACCUUUGUUUCACAAGGCAAUUAGAGUGGGGGUUCCGAACCGGUUACGGGGUGAAAUUUGGGAACUAUGCUCUGGUGCGAUGUACUCUAGGUUUGCCAAUCCAAACGCUUAUCAGCAUAUUCUGGAAGCUAACACAGGUAAAGAAUCGAGAGCUAUUGAAGAAAUUGAAAAAGAUUUGAACAGGUCGCUACCAGAAUAUGCUGCGUAUCAAGAAGAAACAGGCAUCAGCAGAUUGCGAAAUGUAUUAACUGCCUAUUCGUGGAAAAACCCCGAUGUAGGAUACUGUCAGGCAAUGAAUAUACUAGUGGCCGGACUAUUGAUUUUUAUGACUGAAGAGCAGGCCUUCUGGUGCCUGGUGAGCAUUUGCGACAAUUACGUGCCGGGCUACUACUCUAAAACAAUGUACGGAACCCUGUUAGACCAAAGGGUUUUUGAAUCCUUUGUCGAGCAGACAAUGCCUCUUAUGUGGGAACACAUAACCGAAAAUGACAUUCAGCUGUCGGUAGUCUCACUUCCCUGGUUUUUGUCAUUGUUUUUUACUUCUAUGCCGUUGCCGUUCGCUUUUCGAAUCAUGGAUUUAUUUCUGUUGAAUGGGCCAAAUGCAUUGUUUCAGGUAGCGCUCGGAAUCUUGAAGGUAAAUGGAGAUGAUUUGUUGGAGGUGGAUGACGAUGGAAUGUUCAUUGCCAUUUUAAAAAGAUAUUUCCAAACUUUAGACCAGAGCGCCAACCCUGAUUCCUCAAAUCCCAAGUACAGGCAAAUAACAAAAUUCCAGGAGCUCUUGGUAACCUCUUUCAAAGAGUUCAGUAAUAUAACGAUCGACUUAGUUGAGCAGCAAAGAAACAGAUACAGGAAAGACAUUCUGCAUAACAUAGAGUCAUUUGCCAAAAGAACACAGUUGCGUAACCUUCCUUCAACGCGCAACCUAAGCCAAGAAAAUUUAUCAAACAUUUAUGAUUUGUUUUAUCUCUCAAUAGAGAGCCAUAAAAUCAGCAUGGGUACAGGCUCGUCUAAUAUGGAUUUCGAGGCCUUUAUUCAGUUUUUGAGCUCUUUUUGUGACUGGUGUAAGCCAGGCGACAGCGAUCACAUACCCCGGUUCCGUAAACAAAAACGAGAGUUCCUCAAAAGGAUGUUUAAUAGAUGGGAUAGAGCUGAAGUUGGUGAGCUAACUCUCAACGACGUUGUUUACGGCUUAGAUGCCGCGCUUUCGAAGGAUCUCAUGUCUUCUAUAAACUAUUUUUUUGGUUUUUUUGAUCAAUCUGGCAGUGAAACGGUCAAUGGCGAAGGUAUUUUACAAAUAUCAGAAGCACUUCUGUUUCUAACAGACGCUUGGAAAAGCGGGAAGUGUGUAGAUAAGUUGACUAAGCGCGCGAUAGAGGAUGACAUUGCUGAUUCGUUGGUAUUGAAAAGCUCGGCCAGUGGCCAAAUGUUAGAAGACGUCCAACUGCCUUCUGGCGUGACAAUUGAGGAGGAAAAAUACAAGCAAGAGCAAACGGAGCGAUACCUUUGUGCGGCCAGUAACUUUCUCCAACGAUCAUUUGAAUAUUCGAAGGCUACAGAGCCAACAGAGGAGGUUGACCUCCUUGAUCUUUCCGAUACCGAUGGAGAAAAUGACGAUGCUAAGAAGAAAAGGUGGGAGGCUUUGAGAGCUAAUGCUGCAUUAAAUCCCGAAAAGCGAUCUGUGAUGAACUUGGCCACCUUUCGAAUGAUAAUUCUCGCUGACGCAACAUACGAACUAUUUUUCGCCGAAACAUUCAGAAAAUCUAUUCAUGUUGAUGAGAAAGUCGUGGCUCUGGAUGGUCGCGGGGGUGCACUAAGGAGCAUGUUUGAUGGGCUCCUGGCGGAUGGGAAGAGGGUUGCAUCACAAGUUCGUCGCAGGGUAGAUUCUGUCGCAACUCGAAACAGUGUCUCCUCCGGUUCGGCUCUGGAACUCUCUGAUAAUCAGGACGAAGUUGACGAUUUUAGCAAUGACCAUACCUUCGACGAGAACGAGGUUUUAAAAAACGAGCUUCUUUCAUUCGACGAUGGAAAGGAUGAUGGCGAACGAUCCGCACAACAACAAAAAAAGCUGCAGACGUUCUCUUUCAAUGACGAUCCGCAGUCCAGAGAGAACAGUUUGAUAGAGUUCGAAACCUAA